GCAUGCGCCGGUCAACAUCAGCAGGCAGCAGGAACGCACACAUCGACUGCGUUGGAGUCAUUGCUCAUCGACCUGCUCACCUCACUCUGCAGUACAGAGGUUUGAGUAGAAUGAGAAGAGACGCUGACAAAGAGGAAGCUGCAGUUUACCAGCGGGUGGUGCGGAAGAACGGCGCCCCAUACCAUUAUCUGAAGACCCACCUUGUUCUGGAGGAUGAAUCUGUCCGGCUGAGCGCUGUCGAACUGAAGCUGUUCAUCAUAUCUGGUCUGAAGAACCUGUAUGGAGAGGUUGGAGCGGCGUUGACCUUUGACCUGUUGAAGUACAAUGAAGACACCCUUAGUGCCCUUCUGCGGGUUCACAGCAGGGGUUUAGUGAAGCUGUGGUCGUCUCUGACUCUGCUGGGUUCGUUCCAGGGCCAGGCCUGUGCCUUCAGGGUCCUGCAGGUGUCUCCGUACCUGCAGGCGCUGUCAGGAAACAGUCGUGAGCUGAGUUUGGACUGAGGCUGAAUGGCGUCGAUGAGUAAAGCCUUGCUCCAAUGGAGCUUCUCGUGUGUUCCAUGCCGGCGUUGGAUCCAUGUGGGACAGCGAGCCUCUCUCACAAAAGCCUUCUGCCGCCGUGAUGUGGAUCUGUUUUGCCGAGCUGACAGGUGACACCAACCCUGUCCACCUGGACCUGGCUUACGCCAGAACCACCUCCUUCCGGGCUCCCGUGGUCCACGUGUGUCCUGGUCAACGGGUUGAUCUCAGCACUGCUCGGUACCCCCGGAUGCCUGGCCAUGGCUGCGUCCUCCUCCACCAGGACAUCAGAUUCCCGGCGCCACUGUAACGUGGGUGAGGAGGUUCUGGCCCAAGCUGAGGUCCGCAAGGUCAAGAUGGCAUUCGCCUUUAUCGGUGUGACGUGUACUGUGAAGGACAAGUGGUGAUGGAGGGGGAGGUGACGGUGAUGAUGGCAGAGGAAGAACGACGAACUAAGGUGGACACGAAAAACCCCUCAGUCACAUCCUGAGUUCUGAUGGGUUUUUUUUUUGUUGAUUCAGCUUCACUGACGGAGACGUAUUAGUCAUUCAUUUAUCGUCUUCAGUGGUUGAAUUUGUUUUAAAAUUAUAUUAUGUAUAAAUAUAUAUUUGUUGUGGAAUAAAACAUUGAACUCCAAAUACUGAUCAGGUUUUGACUUAAAGCUUUCAAUAGUUCUGCUGCUGAAUGUUACGGAUGUUCAGACCAGUCUGGACCACGUUUACGGGGUCAUAGUCUCAUGUCUCAACUGACUGAAAUUUCAGGUGAUACCAAUUACACCAGUGUCUUUUAACCUUUGGGUCGGGACCCCACGUGGGGUUGCCUGGAAUUCAAAUUGGGUCGCCUGAAAUUUCUAGUAAUGAUUAAAAAAAAAUACUCCCCCUUGAACUGCCACCUUAUAUGGGGAGUUAUAUGGGGUGGGGGAGUUCGAGUGCCCGAAUGAUCCCAGGAGCUAUGUUGUCGGGGCUUUAUGCCCUGGUAGGGUCUCCCAAGGCAAACAGGUCCUGGGUGACAGGCCAGACUAAGAGCAGUUCAGAAGCCCCUAUGAAAAGAAAACAUCAGAAGAAAGUGAUGUCGCCUGGUAUGGUGCAGCCGGGGCCCCACCCUGGAGCCAGGCCUGGGGUUGGGGCUCGAAUGUGAGCGCCUGUUGCCGGGCCUAGGCCCACGGGGUCUGGCCGGGCCCAGCCCGAAGGAGCGCGUGGGCCC